UAUUUUGCUCAAUCCUAUUUUUUGACAUAUAUUUUUUCACUUUUCGAACGAGCUUGUAUCGGCCCGGCUAAAUAUAUCCCUAAGUCUUUUCUCUUUCUUCUAUCAUCAUCUUACUCCGACCAUCGUCUAUCUCCUGUCUCUCGUCUCUACGAAUCAGUUUUUCUUUUCUUUUUCUUCUCUUAUCAUCUCAGUUCUCACCCACCGCCGUGUUCGCUGGUUUUUUGCGGAUGUGACCCGUAUCCCGUGUCGACACGGUUACGGCACCCCAAAUUGCCGAGUCCGGGUAACGAAGCCUAAAUCUUAAGGGGGUCAAGCUUUUUCUUCAUUAGAAAUUGUUUAGUGUAGUGAAACUGCUUGCUUUUGAUUAUAACCAUAAUUGAAUACAAUACUUAGCUUCGAUGGGGUCACUCCUAGUAGCUUCCCCUCUACUCCUUCCCUCACUUUCCCGUAGCUUCCUUCCUAAACUCCAAUCUCAGCCUCAACAUAUUAGCCCUCGCAUUUCCCUAUGUAAUCAAUACCCUUUUCGCCUUUCAUUUCAAUCCAGUUUUCCUCGUAAGUCACUAUGCUGUCAUCGGUCAUUAGCAGGGGCUUUUAAUGCUUCAAGCGAGGGGACGGUGUCGGUUAUCAAUAUCGAAGAUUUUAAUGAAAAAGAUUGGUCAUUUCUUGAUUCGGAAGAGUUAAAUUCCGAGCAAGCUAAACGAAAUAUCGACCGCAUUACAUCUGCCGGAGAAAUAUCGGAGUCGUCAAGGGUUCUAGUUUCGGUCGGUUCGGAAGGAUUUGUGGAUCAUUUAGUUGAAUCAUCAACUACCCAAUUGUUGCUUGUAGUCCAUGAUUCUAUUUUUUUCUUAGCUGGGAUUAAGGAGAAAUACGAUGAGGUUAAGUGUUGGCAAGGGGAAUUGAUUUAUGUGCCGGAAAAAUGGACACCGUUUGAUGUCAUAUUUCUCUAUUUUCUGCCUGCCUUGCUAUUCGAACUUGACCAAAUAUUUGCGGCGCUGGCGAAACGUUGUUCAUCAGGUGCAAGAGUGGUUAUUAGCCAUCCCCAAGGGAGGGAAGUGCUAGAGCAGCAACGGAAAGAGUUUCCCGACAUUGUAAACGGAAACUUGCCCGACAAAACCACGUUACAGAAAGUUGCAGCUGACCAUUCCUUUGAGAUGACCGAAUUUGUUGAUGAGCCUGGAUUUUAUCUAGCUGUUUUGAAGUUUAGCGAGGCAAAUUAGUUAAAAACUUUUUUGGAUUUCUACUUAAAACUAGGUGCUUCAUUGUUGAAUCAAAUUAAGUUCGGGUUUUUACUUUUUCAUCAAAUUAAAUUUAGGCAGGUUGGGGUUUGAAUUUUUUUCAAACUUGUGUUUAUUAUUAUUACUAUUAUUAUUAUUAGGUCUACAUAGGUGAACAAGAUCCCAUACUAACCCAGGAAAGUCUUGGGAGAAAAUCUACCCUAAUCAAUGUCCAAAGUCCAAGCUAUAAUUGAACUUUACAGGGUUUUUCAAGGAUGGUAAAUUAUUAGUUUGUUAAUAGAAACAUCUACUUGUUGGAAA